AUGUCCACUGAAUUAGCAAGACUUGAUGAUAAUACAAUGGAAGUUGAAAGCAUGACGGUGAUGAUGAGUAACCUUAUGAAGAAUCUCACUAAUGAUAAGAAUCUCAAUAAUGAUGUCUCUGUUGAAACUCUUGCGAAGAAUUUCAACGAUGAUAUCUUUGUUGAGAUUUUAAAACAUUUAAAUAUCUUUGAAUCAUCUUCCGUGGCUGAUCGAUUUUGCCAAGCAUGGCGCAAAGCUAGCGACCAGGAUUGGCAAACACUUGAUUUCUCGAUGUUGAAAUCCAAUUAUAUCAAAACUCAAGUUGUGCCGUUUGUUUGGGUUAGUUCUCGCUUUAACAACAAUUUAUACAAUUUGUUGUUUGCUGCAUUGAACUCCAGUCAUGGAAAUAUCAAGACUUUGAUUUUUCAUUACAAUUUGUAUCUCGCAGAUGAUCAAUUCGUGUACACAGCUAAAAGGUGUCCACUUCUAAGACGAUUAGUUUUUGUGUCAUGGAAUAGAAUCAUGAAAACAUCAAUUAAAGAAGCUAUUAGGGGAUGGAAAGAUCUAGAGUCAAUGACAAUGCCUAGCAUGUAUAGUCCAAAAUAUGUAUUUAAAGAAAUUUCAAAGAAUUGCAAGAAUUUCAAAGAGUUGAAGAACAUGGGACGUUUACAUAUGCGGCUUGCUUUGGCUCUCACUAAGCAUCUUCCAAACUUAAAGAUCGAUGAUUAUUACAAUGAAGAGUAUAGGUUUAUUGAUGAGAUUGACCGUAGAAUUAUAAGUGAAAAGGCUUCUAGGUUGUGUGAGUUAAUCCUAUGCAAGGAAGAAACAUCAUGCACCAUGUGUCGGAGAACAAAAUAUGAUUGUGGAAUUCCUAGGUGGUAUAGGUACGAGGAAGGAAUUUGGAAGGAUGAUGAAGUUAAGUCUCUUGCCAUUUGA